UUGCCGUUUAAUAGACAGUGGAGCGAAGUGCCAGGCAGCGAGAGCUUCACACUGCAGCUCUGUCCGACCAGAGGCAGAGGGAUGUCCCACUAACUUUAGCAGAAACUUUCUAGAAAACUCCGCCAACAAGAAGAAAAAGACACAGAAACAGUGACUCACAAAAGUGUCGUAACUCGCCUCUGCCCCGUUUUUUAUUGAAACUUUAUGUACUUUUAACUAAAAAAGAAAAAAAAGAAGAGUCUGCCUUCACGUGCGUAUUAAUACGUCUUGAAUGAGCCGGUUAACGGUUGCGUUUUAAACAUUUUUCUUUUCUUUUAAACUUUUAACGACUGGAUAAAGUUUGACUCUGGACUCGUGAUGGCUGUUCUAUCCCUAGCGUUACUCCUCGUAGGAUUUAUUUUGACUUCAGCCGAAAAGGCUGGCAAAGUUGAUCGAGAAGAUCAUUUAAGAAACCGCUUGAAGGAAUAUGGCUUGGUCACUCCCUUUAGCACAGACUCUAAUGGACGUUACCUGUCACACCUGCUCUCAGCCAAUCACAAGAGAGUCAAGAGAGAAGCAUUUUCUUUUGAAAAAAACGAACAGAAAAUUUUCUUCAACAUUACAGCCUUUGGAAAAGAGUUUCACCUUCGACUGCGCCUAAACAGCAAGUUGGUGGCACCGGGUGCGAUGGUGGAAUGGCACGAUGAUAUUCAAGGAUUUGGGAAUGUCACUGACAGUGAGCCCACGGAGAGGGUACUGCAGCGGGAGCUGCUGAAAGCAGACUGUGCCUUUAUUGGAGACAUCUCGGACGUUCCUGGGGCCACAGUUGCUAUUAACAACUGUGACGGACUGGCUGGGAUGAUUCGCACUGAUUCAGACGAAUACUUUAUUGAGCCCCUGGAACGAGGCACCCAAGAGCAGGAGGAACAGGGCAGGGUCCAUGUGGUGUACCGCAGAUCAUCCGUGCGCAAUGUUCCCUCUGACAUUUCAGCAGACUACCAGCUGCAAGAACCAGAGCUUGACUUACCUGCGACCCUCAAUUCUGUGGCUCGACAAGUAAAUGACACUGUGCGCCAUCGGCAGCGUCGCCAUGCUGGGGAUGAUGACUAUAACAUUGAGGUCCUGCUGGGAGUUGAUGACUCAGUGGUUCGUUUCCAUGGCAAGGAACACGUGCAGAACUACUUACUCACCCUGAUGAAUAUAGUAAAUGAGAUUUACCAUGAUGAGUCCCUGGGAGUACACAUCAACGUGGUUCUGGUGAGGAUGAUCAUGCUCGGUUAUGCCAAGUCCAUCAACCUCAUCGAACGAGGCAACCCAUCACGGAGCCUGGAGAACGUGUGCCGCUGGGCGUUUGGUCAGCAAAAAGGUGACCCCGAUCACGCUGAACACCACGACCACGCUAUUUUCCUCACUCGCCAAGGUUUCGGCCCCACAGGAAUGCAGGGAUAUGCUCCAGUCACGGGAAUGUGUCACCCAGUGCGGAGCUGCACCCUGAAUCACGAGGACGGCUUCUCUUCUGCCUUUGUUGUCGCUCAUGAAACCGGACAUGUACUGGGCAUGGAGCACGACGGCCAAGGCAACCGCUGUGGGGAUGAAACGACAAUGGGAAGUGUGAUGGCUCCUCUGGUGCAGGCUGCCUUCCACCGUUACCACUGGUCCAUGUGUAGUGGACAGGAGCUGAAGCGAUAUAUCCAAACGUACGACUGUCUCCUUGAUGAUCCUUUUAAACACGACUGGCCUCAGCUUCCUGACCUUCCGGGAAUCAACUACUCAAUGGACGAGCAAUGUCGAUUUGACUUUGGAGUGGGCUACAAGAUCUGCACCUCAUUUCGCACAUUUGACCCUUGCAAACAACUGUGGUGCAGUCACCCGGACAACCCUUACUUCUGCAAGACCAAGAAGGGCCCCCCUCUGGAUGGGACGGAGUGUGCUCCUGGAAAAUGGUGCUACAAAGGUCACUGCAUGUGGAAAAAUCCAAAUCAGGUCAAGCAAGACGGGGCGUGGGGAUCCUGGAGCAAAUUCGGCUCCUGCUCACGCUCAUGUGGAACUGGAGUUCGAUUCCGGACACGUUUGUGCAAUAACCCAGCACCUUCCACCGGGGGCCAGGACUGCCCUGGAGUGAACUACGAGUAUCAGCUGUGCAACACAGACGACUGCCCAAAGCAUUAUGAAGACUUUCGAGCCCAGCAGUGCCAGCAGCGCAACUCACACUUCGAGUUCCAAAGCUCCAAACACCACUGGGUUCCGUAUGAGCAUCCCGAUAGCAACAAGAGGUGUCACUUGUACUGCCAGUCCAAGGAAACGGGAGACGUGGCGUACAUGAAGCAGCUGGUCCACGACGGGACACGGUGCUCCUACAAAGACGCCUACAGUGUCUGUGUGCGUGGAGAAUGUGUGAAAGUGGGCUGUGACAAGGAGAUAGGCUCAAACAAAGGUGAAGACAGGUGUGGGGUUUGUGGUGGGGACAACUCCCACUGUCGCACAGUCAAAGGGACCUUCACUAGAACUCCAAAAAAACCUGGCUACCUUAAGAUGUUUCAUCUUUCUCCCGGAGCAAGGCAUGUGAUCAUCCAAGAACACGAGGCCUCUCCUCAAAUUCUUGCCGUCAAGAACCAGGCGACGGGCCAUUACAUUCUAAAUGGAAAAACAGAGGAGGUUAAGUCCAGGAGCUUCAUCGACUUGGGCGUGGAGUGGCACUACACCAUCGAGGACGGUGUGGAGACUCUGCACACUGAGGGCCCGCUGCACGACCCGGUGGUGGUUCUGAUAAUACCCAAAGACAAUGAGACGCGUUCUACUCUAAUAUACAAGUACAUCAUACAUGAAGAUUUAGUCCCGGUCAACAACAACAAUGUGAUCCAGGAGGAAACAUACGAGUGGGCUCUGAAGAGCUGGUCGCCGUGUUCCAAACCUUGUGCUGGAGGGUUUCAGUACACUAAAUAUGGCUGUCGAAAGAAAGGAGACACAAAGAUGGUCCAUCGAGGUUACUGCGAUGAGAACAAGAAACCCAAACCUAUUCGCAGAAUGUGUAACCUUCAGGACUGCACUCAGCCUCAAUGGAUUGCCGACGACUGGGAGCAUUGUACCAAAACGUGCGGCAGCCUGGGAUUUCAAAUCCGGAUGGUUCGCUGCGUGCAGCUGCUUCAUGACGGCACAAACCGAUCUGUCCACAGCAAAUACUGCAGCGGAGAGAAGCCGGAGAGUCGCAGACCCUGUAACAGAGUCUCCUGUCCUGCUCAGUGGAGGGCAGCGGCCUGGUCAGAGUGCUCUGUGACUUGUGGAGAAGGAGUGGAGAGGCGUCAGGUCUCCUGUCGGAUAGGAGAACAGUGUAACGGAGAGAAACCGGAGGCUCUGAGAGCCUGCAGACCUGGACCAUGUCAUGAUGAACCAUGUGAGGGAGACAAAUCAAUUUUCUGCCAGAUGGACGUCCUUGCGAGGUACUGUUCCAUUCCAGGCUACAACAAACUGUGCUGUGACUCCUGCCGAAAACGCGGAGCAGCUCUGUCCUUGUUCUCCGACGCGGCCGAGACAGAGGAGCACGUGCGAUUCGGAUCAGCCUCCCAGCUGCUGGAGACGAUGACGGCCGCCGCGGCCAACGGAACUCGCAGCGCUAAACAAAAAAGCGCAGGCAAAAGCCCUGCUGUGUCUGGCGAUGUUGCCAAACACACCACCACCCCUGCGCCGACUAAGAAAACCCAGUCAAAGGUCUCUACAACACCGAGACGAGUUCCCAGACACGUGGGUCUGACUGGCAGGAAAUUGUUUGUUGCGUCACCUGCUUCUCUGGCCGAGGUUCGAGGCUCGAGCAGCCUGACAGACAGUCGGUGGUCCACGGCACAUUCUGAAGUGGAGAGAUGAGUGUGGUCCUCUUCAUCUCCUGACUUUUUAUAUACAGUCAGCUUCAUCACAAGUCUUCUGAUACAAAACACACCACAAAGACAAACCCAAUAGAGAAGGAAAAGUGCUGGUUCACUUUGUGAAGAAUUUGCCCCAUCACUCACUUCAGGAGCAGCUAUCCAUGAGCUCCGACAGUGGAUAAACUCAUGUUCCCAUCUUUACACUUUUUAAUUUAAAAUUUUAACUCAGUCGAAACAUGUUACACACGAGCGACAAAUACGUGAGGUUUAACUCGGCACACCACGGGAUGGACACAGUCACAGUUUGGAAUCAUUAAUGUUUGCUUAAAAAAAAAGUCUUGUCCCCCCUUGAAAUUGUCAGAUUUUAUUCAACGUGGAUUCAAACCCAUAACCUCAUGCCUGACAGGUGAGAAUAAAGCAGUUUUAUUUAAAGCAUAUAAUUUACAAUAGUCCAGCUCCUCGUCCACCAGCUCGUUACCUUCAGCCUGGCUUCUCUGAGCUUCACUACUGUCACAGGCGACUCUCAGACAGAAGAUCCUCAACACUUAGAGAAGAACAGACACAUCAGACAGACACUUCAUGUGGUCAGUUGUACGACUUCUAUGAGGUUCUGUGGUUGGGUGUUUUUGGGGAAUUCCUAGGUAUUCUUUUGUUAGAUUACAGUAAAUCCAGCCAUGACACAUAAGGACAGAAUUUUUAUGCUGCUCCACCUCUGAACUAAUCCGUGUAUGAAGACAUUGAUCUUUGAUUCAUUAAACGUUCCUUGGAUGCUGACACUCAUCUCUGAGUUGCUGAGGCAACAGGUGCGUGGCAGGAGUGUGGCAGCAUUUCUGCUCUGAUUGGUCUCUCUGUGGCGCCUUCAUGACGAUGAAGCAGAGCCUAGAUGUCUGCAGAGCAGCAGCAGCGGUUGGUGGCGUGUGCAGAAAUGUCAACAGGUGCAGACAGUGGCAGCAGUGGCAGAAACAAAAAUGUUGAUUUGAUUUUGAGACAGAAACUAGGAUCCCACUAAAUUUUAAUCUAAAACUAUCUUAUAAAAUAUUGAUUUUGGGAACAUCCAGAAUGAUGAAUGAAUGAAUGUGUAAAACAUCCUUCAUACCAAAGAUACACAUUUUAAAUUAUUAAAGUGUGAGUGUCAGAUAAAUGCUUCCUCUUGAUAAUUGAUGAAACUUGCAUGUUAUUUUCAUAUCUUUUGUAGGUUUAUAUGGUGUUUUUUGGUGACAUAACCUCGCAGGAAACACGUUCUCAACACUUUACUUUUUACAGUCUUUUUGUUUGGUUUAGAAACCGUGCUAUGGUGUUGACCAUAUCGUCAUGUCAUUUUGCCAUUAGCAAGCAAGCUUUGUUUUUUUCAUUCAAACGUUUUAACCACUUGGAAGAAUUCAGACAACACACAAAAACACUGUUACUUUUACUUUUCCGAUCAACAGCCUGUUGGCAAACAUUCUAUGACUCCUGUUUAAAAGAUCAAGCUUCUUCUUACCUUAGCAACAUUAGCAUAGCAUACUUUUUACUGUUUACACAAAAUAAAAAGCAAAAGUCUUAUGGAUCUACAAAAGUAAACUUUAUCAUAUUUUAUAGACUAUAAGUCACAGUUUUUUAAUAUACGCUAUAUCUUCAAUGGCCACAAGUUGGCACUAUCUACACUACUCUGCUACUGUGCCAUUAAAAAAUUAAUAAAGACUAAAUAAAAACAACAUACAAAAAGACAAACCUUGUAGCUUUUACAAAGAAAGAAAAUAAAUUACCAAACUAACCUCUACUGAUGCUGAUGCUGAUGCUGAUAAUUAACUAAAUCAGUGAUGCAGAAUCUCAUUGUCCCUGUUGUGGUUUAAAUAUUUAGCCUUUGUUCCCGACAUGUGUUAAUAAACAGUCAACUUUCAUAAUUGUCCUCUUCACGACAGCUUUUUCCACUGACGUGAUUAAAGCUGUGCCACGUAUAGUCUGGAAAAUAUGGUUCUCAGAAAGGAGUGCUCCAGUUCAUGUCGAUUUUGUUAUCAUUUUGGGCUGAUUGUAUGAAACCAAACUCACACGCACACACGCGCGCAAACACACAAAAAGUCCUCUCAUUCACACCACCAUGCAUCUGACUGCAAUAGAAGAAACCACAGCGUGUGUGUUUUCAGCACAGCUGUCCAGUAGCUCACAACCGUUCACCCUCACUCCUGUGUGCCAGUGUACAGUACAUGUAUAUAGCAUUGAGAACAUGAAUAUUUAUUGAAAGUCAGAGGAUCCUACGUUGGCGUCACAACAAGUGAGGCUUAAAGGUCAAUCUGCUGCAGGAGGUCCACCAUGAAACUGACUUUUUUUUUUAACAGGUUUUCUCUCGGUAACUGGCAGUAGACUAGGAAUGACAUUGUUUUUUGCAAACAAUUUAAAUGUAAAUAUACAUGCUCAAUUUUGAGAUGUUCUUACCUGUCGUCAGAAAGCUGUUUUUUCACAGCUGUUUUGUAGAAGUUAUUAGCAGUGCCGUCGCGGCGCUGCCACAUAUACUGACCAGACACGUGCUUUAUUAUAACCAACAAGACAUGAAUAGAGUAGUAGCAGCAAACGUGUAAAGUUGUUGUUAGGCUGUGUGUAGCUGUCAGUGUCGUCCUGUCCCCCCCUCUCCUCCCCCUCCCCAGGUCUUAUCACCUCCUGCCUACAGAACAUUGCUGCUAGUCUUAAUGGAGUGCUUGUAUUGAUGAGUAGUGUAGAUGUAGAUGUUAAAGUGACAAUCCCUGAACCUCAGACAGAUAGUCUGCAUAGCAUGUUCCAUGCCAUGUACUGUAUCAACACCCCCUCCUCGCCCCCUCCGUCGUCCGUGCAUUGAUGAGAAACAACUGUUCUCACUGUCGCACUCUCUGCUCCAUUUGCUUUCUCUGUAUUUGUGUAGAUUGAAGUGUACACUACUGAUACUGUUUGUUGUAAUAGGGGAGCACAUACACAAUAAAAGAUAUGAAUACUCUGAUUUCUUUCUUUCAGGUUUUC